CGACGAUCUUCGAGGAAUCAUCAGCAACAAGCGCCGACACUCGCAGCAAGCAGUUCAUCACUCGGCCCAUUCGCAGCACCGACACUCGCACAUCGGAUCACGACAGCAAGCAGUUCAUCACUCGGCUCUUCCGAAGCGCCGAAUCGACAGAACAAGCAGUCCCGACGCAUCUACACACAACUACACGAUUAUACGAUUACUUUGAAAUACACGUCUCUAGUUUUACCCAUCUGUGUCAUUAUUGGGGAAAGGGAGGUAAACCGAUCUAUAGAGGAAUAAAUAUAAAUAUCUGUCACGAACCCUGACCACGGCGAGCUAUACCGCCUCCCAAAACAGGGUCGUUACAGUGGCGCCCGAACAGGUUAAAAACAAACAGAUAGAAACCUCAAAAUACCAGCAAAGAUCGUUUACCCUCUUCCUCAACACAGCACGGAUUAAAAAUGGAAGACAAACUGACUCGAAGCUGGAUCAACAAUUGCAACAAGACCCAACUGGAAAUCUAUCUGAGGGAAUUCGACAUCAAACCAGAAACGCGGUGCGAGGACAUGCGGAAACAAAUGUCGGAGUUAAUCAAGAGCGGUGCCCACAGCGAAGAAACCACCAAACGUCUCCAAGACCUAGCACAGAAGCACGCGAGAACACCAUCACCAGCACCCGACGGAAUGGAGAAAAACCAGAACUUGCUACAGAUACCAGACAAACAGGAGACAAGCAACGGAAAACCCGCACCCGAGCCCAGAAAGACCGACAAAGUGGCCACAAUGGGAGUAAUACGAAGCUGGGGAGAAUUUUACGACGGCACGGGCGACCCGACAGAAUUCAUUUCUAGAAUGGAAGAGCUGGCAAAGGCCUAUGGGAUAGAGCUCGACCACGCAGCAGGAGCUAUGGUAAUUUUGCUCAGAGACUGUGCCCUGGACUGGUGGCACACGCAUCCUACCCCAAUGCCAUCGUGGGAAAACUUUAAAAAGGAAUUCCUGGGAUACUACAGACCAACGGACCACGAAGAGAGAGCGAUGGAAAACAUAACACGCAGACACCAGGGUACAAACGAGCCAGCAAAAGACUACGCGCGGGAACUACGGAAGAUUAUGAGAUUUACCACACUCACGGAAGGAAAAAAACUAGAGUGGGUCUACCGGAACAGCCGUGUGGAAUUUAAAAAGUAUGCUAAACGGGGAGAAUGCCGAACCCUAGCAGAAUACCUGCAGUUAGCAAAGGAAUUCGAGGCCCUCCAGCCACAGGAACGCACAACACAACAAACACCGGAGAAUCACUGGACACAACAGCAGCGACCGGGAAAUUUCGGGAGACAACAGCAAACAUCCGGAAAUUUCGGGAGACAAACAAGAAACCAAUGGAGACCCCAGGAACAACCACAAACACUGAACCGAGGAAUCACAAGAUCAUUCAGCAUGAAUAAUAGAUGUUCAAGGUGCAAAGAAGAAGAACACAUAGGACAGCAGUGCAACAACACACCAAGAAUAUAUUGCUGGAUAUGCGGACAUGAUGGAAUACGCACAAUCCAUUGCUGUCGACGGAACGAAACGGCGGGAAACGCCAGAGGCCCAUGGGAUCAGAGCGGGCACCCAGGGCAAACACCACACCCGCAACAGCAAUAAACUUCAACGGCCGACGACUGAUUGCACAAGUGAAUAUAGGCAACACAAGAGUUCGCGGGGCCAUAGACACGGGAGCAACAAGAAGUUUCAUCGCCAGGAAACUAGCCAACAACAUUGCAAGGCAGGGGAUAAGGAAGCAAGUAACCGAAGCCAUUAGACUAGCAGACGGGACAAACAGAACGGUCACAGAGGCACUGGAAGUACCAAUACAUCUCGGGAACCAAACAAGCACGAUGACGCUGCUAAUCCUCGAAGAAGUAAUCGGCGACCUUCUACUGGGGAUAGACUUCUUGGAACAAUGUAACGCGACACUACAAUGCGGAGGCAUCACAGCAAGAAUGCACAGAAAAAAAAGAAACAAAAACAGAACACGGAAGAGUCACGGCAUCGGAUCACUAGCGACAGGCGAUUUAACAGACGCAGAGAUCCAAGAAACCCUUAAAAAGGAAUUGGAUAUGAUGAGUCAAAUCAAGGGAGUUAGCCACAUUGCCACGCAUAAGAUCUUUAUGAAGCACGAUCGCCCAAUUAAACAGAGGUAUUACCCUCGAAACCCGGCCAUGCAAGCAAUAAUAAACAAACAAGUGGACGAACUCCUAGCUCAGGAUCUCAUCGAACCCUCACAUUCCGCUUACAGCUCG